AACGUGCGCGAUGACGUCACCGUCCACUGACACCAGGGUUGUUUUGGAGGAAGUGAGAGAAGAAAAGAAAGAGAAACAGACAGUGCAUAAGAAGAGCGAGCAGAUAACCAACAGAAAAACCUUCAUAUUCACUUCCUAUUUUGUAAACUCUGAACACAAGAUAGUCGUGGUCGAAAAAAACAGAAGGCACGAGAAAAAGAAGUGACGAGUAUCCCGCUUGCUAAGUGGCUAGCUACCGGUCCGCUGCGCAAGGCAAGACAAAUUGAAUUCACCAUUUCAUGCUAACGUUAGCUUUUCCAGAGUAACAGAAGAAAACAAAACUGUGACAACGGCUACAGAUCAGACAUCUAUUUAAUCCUAAAUAAAUAUUUUACAAAACUGCUGGAAAUACGAGCUGCGGCACAAUGACAUCCCGGAAGAAAGUGCUGCUGAAAGUCAUCAUUCUAGGAGAUUCUGGAGUUGGGAAGACUUCUCUGAUGAACCAGUAUGUGAAUAAAAAGUUUAGUAAUCAGUACAAAGCCACAAUAGGAGCUGAUUUCCUGACAAAAGAAGUGAUGGUGGACGACAGACUUGUCACAAUGCAGAUCUGGGACACAGCGGGACAGGAGCGAUUCCAGUCCUUGGGCGUAGCAUUCUACCGUGGGGCAGACUGCUGCGUGCUGGUUUUCGAUGUGACCGCGCCCAACACCUUCAAGACCCUGGACAGCUGGAGGGACGAGUUCCUGAUCCAGGCUAGCCCCCGCGACCCUGAGAACUUCCCCUUUGUGGUGCUAGGCAACAAGAUCGACCUGGAGAACAGGCAGGUGACAACCAAGCGAGCGCAAGCAUGGUGUCAAAGCAAGAACAACAUCCCGUACUUUGAGACCAGUGCCAAGGAGGCCAUCAAUGUUGAACAGGCCUUCCAGACCAUCGCACGCAACGCCCUGAAGCAGGAGACCGAGGUGGAGUUGUACAAUGAGUUCCCAGAGCCAAUCAAACUGGACCGGAACGAGCGAGCCAAGCCGUCAGCGGAGACCUGCAGCUGCUGAAGUCCCCCAGGGGCCCCCUGCUGCUCUCCGUCAUCCUUUCUGGCCUUUUGAAAACUCCCCACCCCUUUUCCCCCAACAUCACUGGCCUUCAAAAGUACUUCAUUGUGGUAGUAGAUAAGAGCAGGCUUCUCCCCGUAAAAUGUACCCCACAGACACACGUGCGUUCACGCACGCACAAGCACACGUAACCCAACUGUGCAUGCAGGCUCAUCCUCGUAUCUGAAUUUAAAGCCUAAAGAGCACAGAGAAUGGAAUCAAAAGAAUUACAUUUUGAUUCCCCUGCCCCCCAAAAUAAAAAUACACACACACACACACACACACACACAAAAACACAUACACAUGCCCUCAUACACCCCCCCCCCAUGCAGUACUUUUAUCCGUUGGGGACUUGGAUGGUACACUCUUAACUCACAGUUUGGAAGGGUUGGAUGAGGUUGAUGAAUUAACAACAUUGUGCAAGAAGGAGAUUGUGUAGGUUACAGUUUUAAGUCAUGGCAAUCUACAGUUCAUUUGUAAAUUCAACUGAUUGUUCUGGAAAAACUUUACACUUGCACUUGUUUGUUUUAGAUGGCUCAAAAGUAAAAUUGCAAGCCAAUCAAAAUGAGUAUUCAUGACUUUUACUUUGCACUUUGUUAUCUUAUAGAUUUAUUUAUAAUCCUGUAAAAAAAAAAAAAAUCACUUUUGGGGAGCUAGAGCUGAACUUCGUUGGGUGGUGUUCAAAAGUUCCAUUCAGUGGCGUGCCAGCUGCGCUCUGCUCAGCACUGCACUCUAGCAGCCUGUGUGAGAAUCGCAGCCAAGAUCGCUCUUAUGGUUUCCCAUUCCUACACCUUCCUCCAGCAGCAGAUGGAAGCCAGUUUCCAGCACACCAAAGUGUUCUUGCCUCUUCAAGCUGUCAUUGUGCUGAAUAAAGCUGGAACCCAAGGGAGGGAAGCCAAUCAGAUGCAGAUAAAAUUGAGAAACGAUAACCAGUAGGGUGGGGGAUAAAACGGGAGAGCAAUGUUGUGAUUGUAUGUAGAAUUAUUAAUACUACUUACCACUACUACUAUUGCUAGUACUACUUUGUUGUCUUCUGUUUGUUCGUUCUCUGCCAUGUGGCACAACUGUAUGAUUACAGAUACCUGUUUUUGUCCAUCUGUCUGCGUCGAAGGCCAACUGUAUGUUUGUCCAUCUUUCUCUGCUCUCUGUCUCUGCCAGUAGCUCAGGUUGGCAAAGAUUUUGUUAAUAAGUGCUUGGUAUUACUUUUAACCGAUCUGAUAAUCUUUUGCAAUCUGUUCAUGUACUGUUAUGUUUAGAAGUUGAAUUGAAUUAUGGGGAAACACAAACAUUCAAAAUUAAUGUCAAAACAAAAGAUGGGGGGGAUUGGUAAAUCUUGUUAGGAUGCAUCAUGGUAUUAAAUGCACAGCCAAUUACAUUGUGUAAAAAUGUAUUUGGGUUUCAAACGAAUAAUGAGAAUAAAAGGUUCUUGAAUAAAA